UUGGAUGCAAACGGCCGUAUUCCCUGCAAUCAGUAUGGCAAUGUAGAUCUGUACCAUCCCAGUAUGUUACCAGAGGGUACCAGACAUGUGGCACUGCCUGGGAGUGCAGUUAUUGCGAAGAAGCUGGGCUUUCACAUCCGCGUUGCUAUGACUGGUUUUGAGUACAAGGCUCAGAGC